AUGAUUCAGGAUUUUUAGUAAUUGAUACUCCUUGGGUUAGAACCAAAUUAAAAAUAAACUAGAUCACAUUACUGGUGUUCUUUGCUCUCUAUCAGAAGGGCCCAUUAACAGAUUUGCAAUUCUUACUAGAUUUCCUAGAACAACCGCAAUUAUAGAAGUUGUUUUCGAUAUUAUAGCACUAUUUAUGAAUUAUAGACACAUGAUCACAGUAAUUGUUACAUAUUGGGGUUAUUAUGAUAAAGAAUAUGAAACAGAAAUUAUAAAAUUUAUAAAUUGAAACUUGUAGAAUAUUAAAUCAGCUCAGUGAUAUUUAUAGGUAUUAACACUGCUGAGAGCCUUUGCCAAUAAAUUGAUCAAAUUAUUGAUAAAUCGAAGGGAGAAAGUGUGAAUUUAACAAAUACUGAAAUCUUCAAAAAUCUUGAAAUGGUGUAUUAUGAAACGUAUGAGUUUGAUCAAAUUUGGAGGUAGGAAUUUUAUUUUUAAGGUUAUUACAGAAAAUUUUUUGUAUUCAAAAACUUUAAAUGGGACAAUAUUUCAAAGAAAUUAUUAAUUGUUGUUAUGCAUUAGUUUAAUUUGCAUAACUUCUGUUAGAGGUAACGAUGAAAGAAUUUGAGAGAAAUGUAUUAAAAAGAAUAGAUUAUUUAAUUGCAAAUGAUUUAACUUAGGCUUUUCAAACUAAUUUUAAACUUAAGAAUGAUUGUUUUAAAUAUAUAAAGAUAUUGUAGAUAUUCUCAACUUUCAAAGUUACUAAGGAAAUCAAUUUGCUCAAUAGAUUAAAAAAAAUGAAAAAAAAAUGCAAAUAUUGUGGUCAAAAAAUUUUGGUUCUCAUUAAUUCGUUGUGUUGGCGAAACAAACUGUGGCAACGAUCCUUAAAACAAGUUCAUCCAAUAGGAAAGGACACUUCAUGAAUUUAAUAUAACUUACAAGUAAGAAUAGUUAAAAAUUGAGCAUAAGACUGUAUUUUUACAGUAAAAUAAAAAGUUUAAAAUAAAACUAAGACUUUCAUAGCUAUAUAAUUUUGUAAAAGUUCUUAAUCAUAUAUAUUUAUGGCAAUUUAUACAUUUUUAAAUAUUAAGAUUACAAAAGAAGAGUAAGGGAGGACUGAGACUACUUAAAGUAAUUUAAAUCCACAAGUAUUUUCCACAAAAAUGGUUUGCUGUAUUAAAUAAUUUAAAGUUUUUAAAGAAAAAUACAAGGUAAUUUUAAAUUAUAAUAUUAGUAACUUCAUUAAACUAUUUCACUAUUUGUUUAUAAGACAAAAGGAUUUAGAUUAGUUAUCGAAUUUUAGAAUUGCCCUCCAAAUUAAAUUUAUUAUUAGCCUUAACAAUCCUUGA